AUGGUUUACACACUGAAAUGGGGUAUUUUGGCCACUGGUGGCAUUGCUACCACCUUUGCCAAGGACAUUCUGGCUGACCCUGGUCUUCGUAAUGUGUCGGAUGUCAAGCACGAGAUUGUAGCAGUGGCCUCGUCGUCGUCUGCUGAACGGGCCAAGAAGUUUGCUGAGGAAGUGGGUGCGCCUUCUGCCGCUGCUUAUGGCAACUACGAGCAAUUGGUUGCUGAUAAGAACGUCGAUGUCAUUUACGUGGCUACUCCUCACAGUCACCACUACCAAAAUGCCAAACUCGCUCUUGAGGCCGGCAAAAACGUGCUCUGUGAGAAGCCCUUCACCAUCAAUGCCAAGCAAUUAAAGCAUUUGGUUAAGAUUGCUAGAGAAAAGAAACUGUUUUUGAUGGAGGCUGUUUGGACCAGAUACUUCCCAAUGACACUGGAACUUCAAAAGCUUCUUUUCAAGGACAGAAUAAUCGGCAAGAUCCUACGAGUCAGUUCUGAUCUGGCAGUUCCAUUCAACAUUCCCAACGACUUUGAUCCUAAACACCGUAUGAAGAACCCCGAGCUCGGUGGUGGUGCUCUGCUGGAUCUGGGUAUCUACUCUCUUACAUGGAUUUUCAUCACUGCGUUUGCUGAACCCGAGAACAAGAGACAGGCUCCUAAAGUCAAUGGUAGCAUUCUGUUCACCAAAGACACCAAAGUUGACGAGCACACGACUGUCAACCUGAUUUUCCCCGAAUCACACGUUUCUGCUGUUGCUACCACGUCCAUGACGGGAUUGUCUGAGCACGACAACGUGUGUCUCAUCCAAGGUGAGAAGGGAUACAUCAAGGUCGACUUCCCCACUUACCGUCCCGAAGGAUUCACCAUCAACCUCUACCAAGACGGCAUCAAAGGCAGCGGCAAGAACUUGAAAACCGAGCACAAAUCGUACCCCAUUCCCGGCGGCCACGGCAUGCAUUGGGAGGCCGACGAGGUCGCCAGAUGUCUCCGCGACGGCAAACUCGAGUCCUCGCUCAUGCCCCUCGACGAGAGCAUCAUCAUCGCCGAGGCCAUGGACAAGGUCCGCGAAGUCAACGAUUUCAAGUACCCUGCUGCCCUCGAGGCCGUCGACCAGUACUAA